GGCACGUCGGUACGUCGACGUGACGGCCAAUGACGAAAGCGAAUUUUGAGGUAAUGCUCCCCGAAACAUGUUUAUCCUCUGGGGCUAGCAUGCAGAAUUCUACCGGGAAUGGCAACCUUUGAGUACCCCGACGCUGUCAUUUUUAUAUCCCCGGCCGCGGAAGUCGAACAUUAACAUUCAGUGAGGUCACAAGUUCCAUAUUAUAUCCAAAGAAGAUGGCGGAGUUCUCGCCCGUAUUACCGAUGCGGGAUGGAGGAGUAGGGGGACGAUUCGGACAACCUAUCUUCCCUCGGUCCAGGUCCGGUUCCGAGUCAGAGAGCGAACUCUCCCAAAGCCUAGCUCGGACGAAAAUACGUUCUUACGGAAGCACGGCGAGCGUCACGGCCUCUCUGGGGGAGAAAUUCAUAGAGCAUCGUGUUACAGACAGCGAUACUCUGCAGGGAAUAGCUCUCAAAUAUGGUGUAACGAUGGAGCAAAUCAAAAGAGCCAACAAGUUGUUCAGCAACGACUGCAUCUUCCUCAAGAACAGCCUCAACAUCCCCGUGGCAGUGCCCAAGCGCUCCAUUUUUAACGGACUCUCUCCAGAGUCUCCUGACGGGGACGGCGAAGCGGCAUGUCAGGAUACGGCGACCGCCUGUGUCGUGUCGCAGGAAGUUGAGGGACCUUCGACCCCGCCCACACCGCCGCCCGAAGACUCCAGGACCCCCCUGGCCCAAGUGGAGGAGCUCUCUGCCAAAGACUUCUUACAAAGACUGGACUUGCAAAUCAAACAGUCAAAGCAGGCAGCACGCAGGCUGAAAGAAGAGGAAGUCAGGAGCAGUGAGGGGAACUACACGGCACCCACCACGUCAUACCAGGAAAUAUGAUGGACCGUUGUGUUUACCCGGAACCUUGCUUGUUUGUUUACCUUCCAGCUUGUUACAUUUGCCUUUUAUUUAUUAAGGGUAUGCAAGUGUUACACGUAGUGUAUGAUUGUUUUAUUUGUACUGUUGCGCUUGGAGACAGACAGCAUAAGUGGAACAUCUUGUAUCCAGGUACUAUCAAUCGAUUUAUUCACUGCUGCUGUAUUAGACCGCCCCCAGCUACACAUUCGCUCAUCCGUAUUUAACGCCCAGUUAAAAAAUAAAAUAAAACAAAUAAAAUAAAA